UCUGUGUUUUACAGCUGCUGCUCUACAGAUGACGGGACCUUCAACCUAUAUGGCCAGCGUUGGAUCUAUUGCUCACAUUCCCUGCACAUUCACAGCAGAUAAACUUCCUGCAGAUCUCAGGUUUUUUGCAGUUUUUUGGUAUUUAGAAGGAAAGAGGAUCCUACGCUAUGAUGACAUCGUAACAUCAACUGACCCCAGAUAUUCACUGGAAGAAGAUCGAGCAUUAAAUGGAAAUGCUGAUCUGACCAUAUCUAACACAUCUGUAUCAGACGGUGGAGAUUACACAUGUUCAGUGACCUACAGUCCUCUCCGAAUGGAGAAGAAGAUCAGAGUGGACAUUACAGCAAUACCAACUAUUACAUUUGUUAACAAAGUUGUCACUAUGAGCACCAAGAGCAGCUUGAACAGUACAAUUUCUGGAUUCUACCCGGCAAAGAUUGAUAUUAAAUGGCUCCGAGAUGGAGCGAUAUUGGACAAUGUUAUCAUGGAGAAACCUCAGAGAGACCCGGAUGGGACGUACAGUGUGAGGAGCUCAGUACCAAUAACACCCACUAAAAAGGACAGAAAGCGGACCUUCUCCUGUAGAGUCCAACACGAGUCUCUUACUGCACCUCUCCAGGAGGACUUCCGGCUGGUGUAUUCAGAGUCAUCAUCAUAUUCCAUCAUUAUCUGUAUUGUCGUUCCGGCUGUGGUGAUAAUUGCAGCUGUAAUCAUUGGAAUCAUUUUGUGGAAGCUAAAAUGCCGGAGGAAAGGAGGAGGACACUCUUAUGAGGAACCUGAAAAUCAGGAUAACGAAAAUAAAGAAUUAAUCUCCGGUGAUGAAUCAGUGUCUGCAUACAUCAUGCACAUUAUAAAAAGAAAAAGAGAAUCGACUAUCACCCAAAGUUAUAAAUUCAAGACAAAGAAGAAUAAAGGAAGAUGGAAUAUCAUGUGUGUCAUCACAUGCCAAGAAGUGUUCGACAGCUGA